GAUAAUAAUAUUUAUAUUAUUAUUUGGAGGCUAUUAUAAGUUGUAACAAAAUAAUAUUAUUAUCUUAAAACUUUUAUUGUUUAAAAUUUCAAUCGUUGUCAGUGGACUAUUGUCUGUCCAAAAUCUACUAAUCUAGUCAUCAAAAUUAUAAGAAUUAAAUAAAAUGUUUAAUUUAUAACUUUCAAUUUUUAUUUAAUCGAAUUUGAAUGUUGCCUAUAUAUCUCUAAAUAAAUAUAACAAGUAAUUUUUUUUGAUCUACCCACUGAAUAUUAAAAUUAUUAAAAUUGUAUAAUGAAUGUUGAAGUAAGACGUGAAGCGAGACGCAGAAGAAUAUUAGAGAAUUCACAAGUUAGACUUAAAAAAAUUACAUCCAUAAUUUCUAACCCAAGUAUAUUAAAUGAAUCAGAAUUUAUAAAAGACAAACCAGAAAAUUGUACGCGGAAUUCUGAAUUGCUCGAUUCUCCUGUUCCACAAUGUCUUAAAGAAAAUGUGAUACCAACAGUUCUUGAGAACCAACAAGUUUUCAACUAUGAACAAAAUCAUUUCAAUCCAAAAUUACAUUCCAAAGAUAUUAAAUAUGAAAUUAAAUGUUCAUCUAUUACAAUCUUACAUAUUGUAUUAUCUCAAAUUGUUUUAGUAUUAUUUUACUAUGACUUAGGAUUUUUAUUUGGCAAUUCAAUAGUAGUGCCAUUUCUCCUCAGUGCAAUACCUGAAUUAUAUACAUCAAAAGAACAACAUGAUAAUGUACAUAUAAUUGUGUUAUUAAUGUUGGGGUUUUCACAGAAUUUGGCAAGAAAUAUAUCUAGAUAUCUCAAAUUGGCAAGCAUAACAGGAAAAAGAUUUUGUGUAUAUAUUUUUUGUUUUACAUGUUCAUAUGCAAUAUUCACUAAUCUAUAUUUUGAUGUUAAAAAUUCUUUACAAUAACCAAUUUAUGUUUUGAAUUUUUUUUUCACAUUUGUAUUAAUAAUUAUAAUGUACCACAAUAUGUUGGGUUUAAAAUGUUGGGUCAGUGGAAUAUAUAUUUGAAAGUUUUUAGUUGUAAGGUUAGGUUUUUUUUAGCAAAUUGUUGUUACAUAAUAUUAUAAUUUUUCAAUAUAAACGUUGAUACUUGAAUAAAAUCAAUUGCAUUAAAUUCCACUUACGAAAAGUGUCUUAAGUUAUUCUUACAAUUUAGUUGUAUGCCUACUCGCAAAUAUUAAUUCAACACAAAAAUUCUAAUUUGCUUAAUCAAACUGUAGUUGCAAUUUUUAAAUUAUAAUACUUUAUGCCUUUAAA